AUGGCAGACGAUGAAAAAAUUGAAAAUCCAACAGAUGAACAAUUGAUUUUAGAUUUAACAAGUGAACAAGAAGAAAUUGUACAAGAAUUUCUUAGCGAAAGUUUUCGUGCACAAGAACAAGGAGAUAUAGUUAAUAAAAAUAAUUGGCAAAGUAUAUUAUAUCGAAAGAUUGGUUCAAAAUCGUAUCGUAGUGAUAUAAAUCAUUCUGAAGAAAUAUCUAUAAAAAAUAUGUUAAAAAUGGCUAAAGUAUUAUUUGGUUUACAUUUUGUUGAUCAUCCACCAACACAUCGACGUAGUACAUGGCGAAAACUUGUUUCAACACAACGUAAAAAAGCAAUUAUGGCUUGUUUUCGUAUGGCACCAUUACAUUCUGUUACAAGACAUAGUGCUAUGAAUAUGUUUUUACGUGCAUAUAGAGAAUUAUGGCUUGAAACUGAAGAAGAUAUACGUUCACGUUUAAUUGAACAUCUUUGUAAUGAUUCUCAUGAAAUGGAUGAACAAGAUAUAACAACAAUGAAAGAAGAAACUGAAAAUGAAACUGAAAAUUUAACAUUAACAAUAACAAUGAAACCAGAUCCAUUAAAACAAUUAUUACAAUGUUUAAAUCGUGCUGCAACAACUGCAGAAGUUUUUUCAAUUACUGAAGAUAUUAUUUAUUUAUCUUAUUCAACAAUUAUGAGUAAAAGUUGUGUUAUUGCUGAAGACGAUGAUGAUGAAGGAGCAGAAGAAGUCAAAUCAUUUCAGGAACAAGAAAUGGAAAAACAAAAAUUACUCUAUGAACAAAAUCGAUUAGCAAAUCGUGGUGCUGCUGAAACUGUAUUAUUAUAUAUAAGUGCAAGCAAAGGUGAAAAUAAUGAAAUGCUUCGACGUACAUUACAACUUGGUAUAUCAUUAUUACAUGGUGGUAAUCGAGAAGUUCAAAAACGAAUGUUAAAUUAUUUAAAAGAAACAAAAGAUGUUGGAUGUUUUACUUCAUUAGCAACAUUAAUGGCCAAUUGUAGUGUACUUGAUCUUGAUACAUUUGAACGUUGUAUUAAAGCUGAAGUACUUGGUGUUGGUUCGGAAGGCAUGGCUGGUGAAAAAAAUUUACAUGAUGCUGAUUUUAUAAUAUCAUUAUUUCGUUUUUGUCAACUUUUAUGUGAAGGACAUAAUCUUGAAUUUCAAAAUUAUCUUCGUUUACAAGCUGGAAGUAGUACAAAUGUCAAUAUUAUUAUUUGUACUGUUGAUUAUUUACUUAGUUUACAAGAAUCAUUAAUGGAUUUUUAUUGGCAUUAUUCAGGCAAAGAAACAGUUGAUGCACAUGGAAAAGAAAAUCUUUGUCGAGCUAUCAGUGUUGCUAAACAAGUUUUUAAUACAUUAACGGAAUAUAUUCAGGGUCCAUGUCCACAAAAUCAAUUAGCAUUAGCAAAUAGUCGUUUAUGGGAUGCAAUUGCUGGAUUUCUUUAUAUUUUUGCACAUAUGCAAAGAAAAUUAUCUCAAGAUCCAACACAAAUUGAAUUAUUACGUGAAAUUAUGAAAUUACAAAAAGAUAUGAUUAUUAUGUUAUUAUCAAUGCUUGAAGGAAAUGUUCUCAAUGGACCAAUUGGUAAACAAAUGGUUGAUACAUUAAUUGAAUCUCAAGUUAAUGUUGAAUUAUUAUUACAAUUUUUUGAUAUAUUUCUUAAAAUAAAAGAAUUAACAACAUCAGAAGCAUUUCUAGAAUAUGAUACAAAUAAAGAUGGAUUUAUUUCUCCAAAAGAAUUUCGUCGAGCUAUGGAAGCACAAAAAGUUUAUACAAAUCAAGAUAUGGAUUAUAUAUUAAAUUGUGUUGAUAUAAAUCAAGAUGGUAAAAUUGAUUUUAUGGAAUUUACUGAACGUUUUCAUAAUCCAGCUCGAGAUAUUGGUUUUAAUAUGGCUGUUUUAUUAACAAAUUUAUCUGAACAUAUGCCACAUGAUAUACGUUUACAACGUUUAAUGGAUAAAGCUAAAAGUUUUCUAUCAUAUUUUCAAGAUCAUCUUGGUAGAAUUGAAAUAAAAGGUGGUGCUGGUUAUAUUGAACGUGUUUAUUUUGAAAUAACUGAAUCAAAUAUUGAACAAUGGAAUAAACCACAUAUUAAAGAAUCGAAAAAAGCAUUUUUACAUUUAGUAGUCAAUGAAACAGAUGAUAAAGAAAAAUUAGAACAGUUUAUUGAUUUUUGUGAAGAUACUAUAUUUGAAAUGCAACAUGCAGUUGCUAUUAGUGGUGAAGAAGAUGAUCAAACACAUCGAACAAUGAAAUCUUCAAAUAUUGAACCAACUAUUGUUCAUCCAACAACAUCUCAACCUAUGAAAUUAACUCUUUCAUAUUCUUGGUCAUGUAUAAAAUAUCUCUUUCAUUUACUUCGUCCAUCAACAAUUCAUAAUACUUAUAAUCAUUUUCGACAAAUGACAUUUAAAGACAUGAUUAAAAAUCUAUUUUUAUUAUUCAUCAAAUGUAUUCAAUUAUUAUUUAUUAUAAUAAUUUGUGGUUUUAGAACAUUAACAUAUUGUAUUUGGACUUUAAUGGCUGAAGAUGAUCAACAAGAUGUACAACGAUCAGAACGAACUCCUUUACCACCAUUACCACACCGACAUGAUUAUCGUCUACCUUCAAUCAGUGGUCCACAUCAUGGUUUUAUAGAUGGUGAAGAUUUAAUAGGAGUUAAUGCAUUUGGAGUUGAUCUUAAUUUAGAUUCAGAACCAAAACAUAAAAUGUCUUUAACUGAUGAACAACUAAGUUUACUUGUAAUGGAUAGUACUCGAAUGAUUGAUUCUCCUAGAAGAUCUUCACUUAUGAAUAAUACUCAUUCAUCAACAGGACAAUAUUUAACAACAUCAAUUACAGGCUCAACUGCUCACUUCUCACCAUCAACAUCUUAUAGUCGAGAUCUAAAUUUAAUACCACCUUCUGGAUCUUAUAAACCACAAUUAACUACGGCAACAAAUAUGCCGCAAAAUGUUAUCGAAAAAUCUAAAUAUGCACUUGAAGUCAAUGCUCAAACUGAAUAUCAACAAAAGCGAUCAUCAACUACUGUGAAUAAUACAACAGGCGAAGAUGAUAAUGUUACUCCUUCACAACCAUCGACACGAACAGAUUUUGGAAAGAAAGCUCUGGCAUUAAUGGCAAGAAAUUAUCAUACAUUGAAAUUGAUGGCUCUUUGUCUUGCUUUUAUAAUUAAUUUUCUUAUGUUAUUUUAUAAGGCAAUACCAUUAACUGCAAUAGUUAAUGAAUCAGUUGCUUCUGAUGGUAUGGAACAAGUUGAUGAAGAUGAAGAUGACAAUGAAAUAAUAGUAAUGGAUCCAAGAAAAUAUUAUAUGAGUUAUUUAUUACGAGCAGCUGCAUUUUUACAUUCAUCAAUUGCAUUUUUAAUGAUGAUUAGUUAUUAUAAAUUAAAAGUUCCAUUAGUAAUAUUUAAACGAGAAAAAGAAAUAGCUCGAAAAUUAGAAUUUGAAGGUGCUUGGUUAAUUGAUCAACCAAGUGAAAAUAAUUCUUGGAUAUUAUCAUAUUUAUCACGUGAAUGGCAUAAACUUGUUAUAAGUUCAAAAUCAUUUCCUGAUUAUUAUUGGGAUAAAUUUGUUAAGAAAAAAGUUCGAAAUAAAUAUUCUGAUCAAUUUGAUUAUGAUGAAUUAAGUCGAUUUUUGGGUAUGGAAAAAAAUGAUACACCUGGAAAAUUUGAAAUUGUUAAACCAAUAGAAACUGGUUUAUGGGCAAAGAUUAAAUCUAUUGAUAUGCGUUAUGAAAUUUGGAAAUGGGGUGUAAUCUUUACCGAUAAUUCAUUUCUUUACGUUUUCUUCUACUUUUUAUUUUCAAUUAUUGGUAAUUUCACAUUUUUUGUUUUUGCAAUUCAUUUACUUGAUGUUGCAAUAAGUGUAAAAGCUUUAAGUACAAUAUUAAAAUCUAUAACACAUAAUGGUCGACAAUUACUUUUAACAAUAAUGUUAAUGACUGUUGUUGUUUAUCUUUAUACAGUGAUUGCAUUUAAUUUUUUUCGUAAAUUUUAUACGAAAGAAGAAGAUGAAGAACGAGAAGAAAAUUGUAAAGAUAUGCUUACCUGUUUUAAAUUUCACCUUUAUUCGGGUAUUCGAGCUGGUGGUGGUAUUGGUGAUGAACUUGAAUCACCUAAUGGUGAUCCAUUAGAAUUAUAUCGAAUUGUUUUUGAUAUAACGUUCUUCUUCUUUAUUAUUGUCAUUCUUCUUGCUAUUCUUCAAGGUUUGAUUAUUGAUGCUUUUGGUGAUCUUCGUGAACAACUUGAUUCAGUGAAAGAAACACUUGAAACAAAAUGUUUCAUUUGUGGAAUUGGUCAAGAUUAUUUUGAUAAAGAACCGCAUGGAUUUGAAACUCAUACACAAGCAGAACAUAAUUUUGCCAAUUAUAUGUUCUUUUUAACACAUCUUCUUAAUAAACCUGAUACAGAACAUACAGGACAGGAAAGUUAUGUUUGGGAAAUGUAUCAAAGUCGAAAAUGGGAUUUUUUUCCUAUUGGUGAUUGUUUUCGACGUCAAUAUGAAUCGGGUAGUGGUGGAACAACAACAACAGAAAGUUAA